ACGCCUGGCACCCGGAUAUGAUUGCGGGUUCGGAAGCCCCGCUCUGAGGGAGUGUGGGGGCUUCCGCACGUGCGGCGGGGGCUGUGAGCCGGGAGGACGGGUGAGCGUCUAUUGGGUUCAGUGUCCCGCGCGUGGGGCUGGCGUGUAAGCGUCAUCCCUCUGGGUUUUGAGCGGGGGAUAAAUCAGCGUGGUUAUUGGUCGUGGGAAGAAUUCCACUGCAGGGGCCCGGCGCCAGCGUGUGUGGAAGCCUAACCGAUGGUACCUCGGAGGGCGAGGAGGAGGGUCUUGCAGGCGCCGCUCGGACAGUGACAACAUGAACCUCUUACCCAAAAGCUGCAAGGAGUUUGGCUCCGCGGACUACUGGGAGAAGUUCUUCCAGCAGCGAGGAAGGAGAGCUUUCGAGUGGUAUGGAAGCUACCUGGAGCUGUGCGGGCUGCUGCACAAGUACAUCAAACCCAGAGAGAAGGUGCUGGUGAUUGGGUGUGGUAACUCAGAGCUAAGUGAACAGCUGUAUGAUGUGGGCAUUCAGGAUAUAGUGAACAUUGACAUCAGUGAGGUGGUCAUCAAGCAAAUGAAGGAACGCAAUGCCAGCCGACGGCCCCAGAUGAGCUUCUUGAAGAUGGACAUGACACAGAUGGAGUUUCCUGAUGCUUCGUUCCAGGUGGUGUUGGACAAGGGCACCCUGGACGCUGUCCUGACAGAUGAGGAGGAGAAGACCCUGCACCAAGUGGACAGGAUGCUGGCUGAGGUUGGCCGUGUCCUGCAGGUGGGCGGUCGCUACCUCUGCAUCUCCCUGGCUCAGGCUCACAUCCUGAAGAAAGCAGUGGGUCACUUCUCCCGGGAGGGGUGGAUGGUGAGGGUGCACCAGGUGGCCAACAGCCAGGACCAGGUGUUGGAAGCAGAGCCUCGGUUCUCCCUACCUGUCUUUGCCUUCAUCAUGACCAAGUUCAGGCCAGUCCCUGGCUCUGCCCUUCAAAUCUUUGAGCUAUGUGCUCAGGAGCAGGGCAAGCCUGUGCGGCUGGAGAGUGCCGAGCGGCUGGCCGAGGCGGUGCGGGAGCGGCAGCAGUAUGCCUGGCUGUGCAGCCAGCUGUACCGCAAAGCCGGGCUGGGGAGUGUAUCUCUGGACUUGUGCGAUGGGGACACGGGGGAGCCACGCUACACCCUCCACGUGGUGGACAGCCCCACUGUGAAACCAUCGCGGGACAAUCAUUUUGCCAUUUUCAUCAUCCCCCAGGGUCGCGAGACUGAGUGGCUCUUUGGCAUGGAGGAGGGUCGGAAGCAGCUGGCGGCCAGUGCAGGCUUCAGGAGGCUGAUCACAGUGGCCCUCCACCGAGGCCAGCGGUACGAAGGCAUGGACAGCAUUCAGGCCGAGCUGUCAGCCAGAGUCAUGGAGUUGGCUCCUGCCGGGAUGCCCGCCCAGCAGCAGGUGCCCUUUCUGUCUGUGGGUGGGGACAUCGGGGUCCGGACCGUUCAGCACCAAGACUGCAGUCCCUUGAGUGGCAGCUAUGUGGUCGAGGACGUGCAGGGAGAUGACAAGCACUACUUCCGGCGGCUGAUCUUCCUCAGCAACAGGAAUGUGGUGCAGUCAGAAGCCAGGUUGCUGAAGGAUGUGUCUCACAGAGCCCAGAAGAAACGGAAAAAGGACAGGAAGAAGCAGCGGCCUGCUGACGCUCCAGAGGACCUCCCCACGGCCCCAGGGCAGUCCAUCGACAAGAGUUACCUGUGCUGUGAACACCACAAAGCAAUGGUUGCGGGCCUUGCCCUGCUCAGAAACCCGGAGCUGCUCCUAGAGACCCCACUGGCAUUGUUGGUGGUAGGCCUGGGUGGGGGCAGCCUCCCCCUGUUUGUCCACGAUCAUUUCCCGAAGUCCUGCAUUGAUGCUGUGGAGAUCGACCCCUCCAUGUUGGAAGUGGCCAGCCGGUGGUUUGGCUUCUCCCAGAGCGACCGGAUGAAGGUCCAUAUUGCAGAUGGACUGGACUAUAUUACCAGCCUGGCAGGAAGAGAAGGACAGCCCCACUACAAUGUCGUCAUGUUUGAUGUCGACAGUAAGGACCCAACACUGGGAAUGAGUUGUCCACCACCAGCUUUUGUGGACCAGUCUUUCCUGCAGAAGGUCAAAAGCAUCUUGACUCCUGAAGGUGUCUUUAUCCUCAACCUUGUGUGCCGGGACUUGGGGCUGAAGGACUCAGUGCUGACUGGGCUCAAAGCGGUCUUCCCCCUCCUGUAUGUCCGGCGAAUUGAGGGUGAAGUAAAUGAGAUCCUGUUCUGUCAGCUGCACCCGGAGCAGAAACUUGCCACGCCAGAGCUCUUGGAAAUGGCCCAGGCCUUGGAGCAGACCCUGAGGAAGCCUGGGAAGGGUUGGGAUGACACAUAUAUACUGUCAGAUAUGCUCAAGACUGUGAAGAUUGUGUGACUGCUGGGCUGGGAAUCUGCACUGCUUCCUGCCACACUGACCUUGGGCUCCUAGCCUUCCAGAGAUUGAAGAAUUAUAAUGCACAAUAUUUUUUAAGCCUCAUAUUUUUCUUGGUUUCAUACUCAGCUGCAUGUGACCUCCAGCUUAGUGAGGUUGCCUGAAGAUCUGGGGAAAUAAAAAAUGUCCUCCCAUCCUGUCCUCUUUAGUACCACUUGGGUUGAUUCUCUGUGCUUCUUAUGCUGUGUCCUUGAAUAGGAUUCCCUGCUGGAGCCCCUGACAGAUGCUGAUGCCUUAAAGACUAUACACCAAGCUCCUUAGGAUGGAAGACAGUCAAAUUUGAUUGCUGGUUUGCUUUCACUUUAUCUUCCUAUUGGUUCUAUAGGAAUGAUCUCAAGUGAGGUAGCAUAGCAUUCUGUGCCAAAAGACUGAAAAGAGAGUAGGAUAUCCAUAGAUGUGAGACAGAUUUGAGAGAACAUCUAAUCCACUCUGUCUCCCUCCAGAUGGAACUGCUGUUGACAUGAUCCCAAGUUUUAAGAACCUGCUAACCCACUUUAACAACUUUCCUCAGCUACCCAAACCUUGUAGUCUAAGCUCUUUGUUCUGGUCUCUGUGGAAGGGAUGGGUGUAAGUGGCCCCAUAACUGCGUGUCGGAGACAGCCAACUAACAUCUCCAGUAUCGGUUUACUCUCCUUCAUUGACUGACAGCUAUGUGUGGGAACCAUCGUAAAGACUAUGGUGGAUGUAAAGAUGGUUAAGAAUGGCCAGAAAACAUGGAUUAGUAAUAAAAAUGAACAUGUUCCAGUAACUUUAAGUGAUUCACAUACACUAUCUCAUUUAAUGAAAUAAAGGAACGUUAAACCAAAA